CGUAAAAUCUAUACUAUGAGUCAAACAACUAAUUGUAUUGAAAGAUUAAAAACACAAAAUGAUAGAAAUGGUCCACAAACUUUACACAAUGAAUGCAAUUGGCUUUAUCCUGACAAAUCAGUUAUAGAAUAUCAUGAUUUAGAAAACGUUAAAAUUAUAAGUUACAGAGAACUAAAAGCAGCAAAAGAAAUAGUUUCUAAUCAUUUAAAACAUAUACUAUGUCCCGAAUUUAUUGGUAUUGACUUCGAUAUUUUGGAGUACUGUGUACCUUCUUUAAUGCUUGGAAUCCUUAAUAGCGGACAUGCUUUCUUCAAUGUACCUACAGAUCCAGCGACAUAUACAGAGAUAUUUACUUCUUUAAAUGUAAAAUACAUUUUUACAACAUCUGUAACAUCCAACAGAAAUAUUAUACAUCUCUUUAAUAUUCAUGAACAGUCGAUAUAUUUAACAAAAUUAGUAGACGUCCAAGAAAAUUAUAAUAGAAGAUGGUAUCAUUUUGCAUAUGCAAUUGCCACUUCGGGAUCGACUGGAACACCAAAAGUUGUCAAAGUACCCCAUUCAUGUAUAUUGCCUAAUAUUGUGGAUUUGAAGAAAAUUCUAGAUAUAACGAGCUCUGAUAAAAUAGCACAACUAACAAAUUUUACUUUUGAUCCUAGUAUUAUUGAAAUUUUCUUAAAUCUUUGUUAUGCUGCAACUCUAUUUAUGGUUUCGAAAGCAUUAAAGAAUGAAACUGUCAGGCUCUUAGAAAAAAUAUUCCAUGCUCGUGUAACAGUUCUUCAAAUUACUCCAUCACUUCUCUUCCAUCAAUGGUCUACCGAACGCUUGAAAACAACAAUUUUGGACAAAGAUUCUAAGCUAAGAAUUCUUCUUUUGGGUGGAGAAUCGUUUCCUAGCAUGAAAUUACUUUCAGAAGCUAGUCAUCCACGAAAUACAACACGAUUGUUUAAUAUUUAUGGUAUAACCGAAGUAUCAUGUUGGUCUAGUAUUAAUGAAAUUGUCAAAAACAAUGUAGAUGAGCCUUGUUUAGGUGAACCUUUAUCAGAAACUAUAUUUCAAAUCAGAAAUGAAGAUAAUGAAAUAGCAAUUAGAGGCAAUGGCACUCUUUAUAUUGGAAGUACCACUAGAAUUUGCAUUGUUGGAAAUGAAUCUGAAGAAGAUCUGAAUAAACCAGUUUUUCGCGAUACUGGUGACGUUGUUUCCGUAGAUGAUCAACGUAGAAUAUUUUAUAGAGGAAGACGAAAUAAUAUUGUAAAAAGAUUUGGAAACAAGAUGAACUUACAAGAGCUUGAGAGAGUUACGACGGAAUUAAGUUUUGUACGAAAUUGUGUUGCAUUUUGGGACGUAGAGCGUCACAAAUUAUAUCUAUGUUUAUCCAUUACAGACACAAAAAAAGAAUUUUCUAAAUUGAGAGACGAUAUAAUAUCGCAUUUAAAGUUAUUACCUGCUAUCUAUAAGCCUGACAAGAUAAUCAUAGUAGAACGCUUUAAUUUUACUACUAGUGGAAAGAUUUGCCAGACAUCAUUGAGAGAAAUAUGUAGGAAUUCUGAAAUAGAAAUUGAUAGUGUAAAUAACUUAUACAUUAAUGAAAUAUUUGAAAACUUGUGGAACAAUCACAUAAAAUCCAGAGACGCUGGCUUUUUAAUGUCAGGAGGUACAUCAAUAGCAGCGCUUCAAAUCUCAAGCGCUGUCACUCAAGCCUUUAAUAUAGAAUUUCCUGAAUUAAUUGGAAUGUUGUUGAAAGAUUUUACAUUCGACCAGUGCAUCAGUUACAUCAGGAGUAUUUUAAUUAGUCGAGACUGCGACAAAGCUGUUAUUGGUUCCAUCGAUAUGUCUGUUAAUGAUAAGAUAUUUAAUAAAGAUACUAAGAAGAUACUUAAUACAGAAGAGUAUGUAAUAAAACAAUCGCAAAAGAAUUUUCCACUAGUAUCAAAUGAGAAGCAUUCUUAUCGUUGGUAUAAAUGCAGGGGGAAAACUUAUAAUGAUACAUUAAAAAAAGAAGAAAAUAUCAAAUCCCUUUUAAAAAAUAUAUCAAACAUUGAGAUAUUAAAAACUUACAAUUUGCAGAAAUGCGUCGAUGCCUCACCAACUAUAUAUCGUUAUUCCGUAACAGAACUGUACGCUACAGUUGCUUCACAUUCCGGCAUUAUAUGUACUGUUAAUUUGUUAAAAACCGAUGUGUCAUAUGAAAUAAAACUACCAAACAGAAUAGAAGCCUCUGUUUUAAUUCUAGCUGAUUUUCGUGGAAUUGUAGGCUGUUACGAUGGAUACAUUUAUUGUAUCCAUUUAAAAACUGGUGAUAUAAUUUGGAAGUUCCAAACACAGGACAUGGUUAAAUGCACGGCGAUAAUGUGUACACAAGGGAACAAGAUAUUUGUGGGGUCUUAUGACUUUAAUAUAUAUUGUCUCUCGACGGAGGAUGGUAUUCAAAUUUGGAAAACUAAAGCGAGUCAAGGUGGAAUUUGUGCUACCGGUUGUUUGCAUCAACAAUCGACUUCGGUUCUAUUCGGAACAUUAGAUGGCUCAUGCUUGGCUUUACAUCAAUCUUCAGGACGGAUUAUAUGGAAACGUAAAUUGCAGAAUCCGAUAUUUGUUGCGCCUGUUGUGCUUCGGACUGGAUACGCUUUAUUUUGUUCUGUAGAUGGAACCCUGUAUUGUUUCGAUAUCGAAACCGAUUGUCAGAUGUGGCGGUAUGCGAUAUAUGGCAAUGUAUUUUCGUACCCUGUGAUAUGGACUCCCAAUUUUACGAGUGAUGAGCACAUCAUAUUAGCUAGUCAUAAUAAAAAUCUAUAUUGUCUCGAAAUGCCACAAAGAAUAAUUGAAGAAAAUGAGCCAAAAUUGAAAUAUACAUUACAACUGCAAUCACCGAUUUUUGCGACUACUUGGUGCGAAGAUGGAUAUAUGUUUGUAGCAUGUACAGACGGCAUCUUUAAAGUAUUUGAUCUUCUAGAAGGCAAAUUGUUAGCGACCAAGCAACUUCCCGGCGAAACAUUUUCUUCGCCAAUUGUUCAUAACGAUCUUGCAGUCUUGGGAUGUAGAGACAAUCAUUUAUAUGUUUUGAAACUUAGUUAAAUAUGAUAUAAUAUAUGGAAAUGCGCACUGAAUGUGACUAUUCAUAUUAGAUUCCUCGCAUCCUUCGAUGUUUAAAAAGAGAUUAGUCGGAAUUGCAAAGGUACACGGUUAAUACAAUAUUGUUUAUUCCAUUCAGCUCUCGUGUUACAAGUUGAUGGAUAAUGACGUAUCUGUUGCAGUUGAGACAAGUGUCCACAUUAUCUGAGUAUACCAGUUUCCCACCAGAUUUUCUUAUGUAAUGUGAAAUUGCGUGUGCCCGUCGUAACCCAUGCGAGAGUGCAAACAAAACGUGAAUCUAGAAAAACGGUUUCUUCUCCGACACACAUAUCGUUAAUGAAUUGAUCGAUGUACAUGUUCGCGCUCACUUGUCCUUUCCUUAUCAGGUAACGAUACAAUGAUUUAUAAUGCAAAUGAAGUAGUCCGGAUCUCAAGCUCACACGAAACAACAAUA